CUUCUUCAAUCAGUCAAGGACAAGGCCCAACACGCCGUCAUCCUUGACAAGACCACUUCCGACAAGCUCUAUAAGGAUGUCCAGUCCUACCGCCUCGUGACGGUUGCCACCCUCGUCGACAGACUCAAGAUCAACGGCUCCCUCGCCCGGAAGUGCCUGAAGGACUUGGAGGAGAAGGGACAGAUCAAGCAGGUGGUGGGACACAGCAAGAUGAAGAUCUACAGUAUGUCCAUGCCUCGGCUACGGGAAGUAUGA